AUGUCUGAAAUCUCAUUCACCGAGGUAAGCCUUCGCGAGGCGCCGCUCACGUCGGGGGCGACCCCGUCCAGCAUCGUGGUGCUGGGCUGCCGUACCGACCUGCGCGUUGGCGACUACGUUGGCUUCCAGCGCAUCUCGCCAUGCAAGGAGUGGAUGCUGUCCCUCGGCAAGGUAGUCGCCUUACCGACGGCGCUCACCCUCAAGGUCGCCCACUUCGACGCGGUUAAUGAGACCACGGUGACGCAGGACCCCAUCUCCGAGCAGAUGGUUUGCCGGAAGGCUGAGGAGGAAGGUAAGAUGCCCGUUUGGCGCAACCGCGAGGCGCUGCGGGAGAACCUCGCCCAGCUGUCCGAAAAGGAGAGGGCCGCGACGCAGCGCCUCCUCGCCGCGCGCGACCAGACAGUGACGCGUCAGAUGGCCACCGGCGAUAAAGUGACGGAGUCGCUGGAGAAUCUUGACAAUGCCCGUCGCUGUCUCCGCGAGGCUCCGGUCAAGGAUUGGAGCGCGCUGCGCAAGUCUUACCUCCCAUCCGUCGAGAUGAUCGGCGUGAUGCGCUCUGUGAUGCUCAUCCUCUACGAAGACAGCGUCACUAUGUGGGAGAGCAUCCGGGAGGUGAUGAACCGUCAGGAUUUUAUGGAGCGCAUAUUGAGCUGGGACUGCACUGUCACCCCCAUGUCGCUCUCGCGCCGUAAGAGGGUUGUUGCGCUGUGCGCCGGCAAGGAUGUGGAGGGCACUCAUCCGAAGAAGCGCAAUCGCUCAGGCACCCGCUCCCGGUCCCCGUCCCACCGACUCCUAGUCGCAGCGAAGAGCGCAGACCCGAGCAACGUGUCCAUCCUCGAUCAGAGUCUUCGCGCCUGGAUCAACGCGCAGCUCAUCUGCUCUGAGGCCGCUCGCGCGCAGGAGAUGGUGAUCAACAGCUGCUUCGCCGAGCAGCAGGAGCAGCGUGUGCUGCUGCGCGAGAUCAACGACAUGCGUGUGAGCAUUUCUGCCUUAGAGGUGCAGAUGCUGGAGCUGAAGAAUGCCAUUCUCGGCAUCGAUAACGCGCCGAAGCCGAUCAUGCCGCUCGACGCGUACCCGACCAACACAGUCUUCUACAAGCGCUCCUGUGCCGGUGCUGGGGACCGCCUUGUGCAGGAGAUCAUUCUGCGCGAGGCCGUCGUUCACAACUUCGGCCCCCUGUCUGGGGAGGAUGCGGAGGGCUACGUCCGCCUGGACCCCACCCAAGUGGCGUGCCUGCGCGACGCUGUCAUCAGUGCCAACGUGCGCCACGACGCGGAAGAGAUGGAGGAGCUGCUGAUCCGAAAGGAGCGCGAAGAGCAGGAGAUGGCCGAGCUCAGGGGGCGCAUCGAGCAGCUGCGCGCUAAACUGUCGCUCACAGCGGAAGAAGAGGAAGAGCUGACGCAGUUGGAGAAGCUCCUUGCCGAUGCCGAGCGCCGCCACCACGCAACGUUGACCCGCAUUGCCGAACUGUACGCCUGCGGCCGCGGCGCACGCGAGAUCACGCUGGCCAUCAAGCGUCCCGAGUUCCACUACACCCGUCUGCACUGCAAGAUGUCUGGUGACUGGGAGAUGAUCCUCAGCGACUCGGAGCGCUACAGCGAGAUGAUCACCGCCUUCUGCGACGACGUGUCGACCUUGCUAAACAUCCCUGCGAGCUACGUGCUCGACAUUGAUGCCUGCUGUGGCUCUCUGCUGAUCGACUUUACCGUCAAGCACAACGGCGACCUCGAUGAUGAUCAGCUUCAGGAUCUUAUCAACAAGGGCUGCUUUUCUGCCCUCUGCAUGUUCUACGAGAAGGUUACGUUUAAGAAGACGUCGCCUCUCAACACGAGCCAGCAGCAGCUGACGUACGAUAUGGACCAGCGCCUCAAUGGCCCGGCGCCGAUCUCCGGCAUGGGCAUCUUGCAGAUUCUGGCAGACUACUACAACGCCGACGGCACACUUGACGAGGAGUUCAGUGACGAGGUGAGGGCGCACCCGGACUACCGCAAGGCCUUCAUCACGAUUCCGCCUCUCCGAGAGGACUACGACGACGCGGUUGUGCGCGGCCCCUAUGAGCAGCACGCCGAGGAUUACGGCGAGGCGCUGGGCACGGCGGUGCCGAUGAGGAUCAUUGCGCCGUCGGUGGGGGGUGACCGGAACAAGGAGGAGGAUGGGUCUGUCGGCGCGACACAGAUGAGUAUAGGCCUUACCGACACGGCGGACGCUGCGCACGAUAUGACGGAGUCGGCGCCAACGACGGAGGUGUACAACCGCAACAUGAAUGGGACCGACAAUGUGCAACGCGCUGUAGAUGCCGGCGCUCCUGCCGUCUCUGCCCCCCCUGAGAAGUUGGGGGAACGCAAAGCCUCCAGCACGGACGCGGGCCGCCUUUCCCAUUCAUCCGAAAUGUCUAGGAUGGAUUAG